AUGGUGGCCGAACACCUGACGAUUCGCAACCUCACAUCCACCCCGAUCACCCUGAAGCGCAUUGAACGCUUCCGACCUCCUCAGAAGCCCAAGGAUGACAUGAAAUCGCUUGCAAAAAACUUCACGCGCGUCCUGACCAACAUCACUCGCACCGAUACCCCGGCCGCGGUCAUCACGCCGGACAGCGAGCCGUUCGCGCACAAGGAGACCGAUAUCCGGGUGGAGCCUUUCACCUCCGUCCAGACCGAGCUGCGCUCCUUCAUUGACUCGGACAAAGAAUGCAUGCGCUGGGUCUUUGAUGUGGAAGGGGAGAGACACCAGGUCCAGACCCCCGUGCCGACAACCGAGUCCGCAACGAUGAAAGCCCUCUGCGACAACCCGCGCUUCCGCCUUACAGGAGUGUAUGUCACGCCUGCAGCCCACCUGACCGUCUUUUCGUCGGCCAAUAUGAAUGCAUGGAUGCGCGAGUUGAAGGAUGAUACUCUGCUGUCGUCCCUGUCCAUCCCGGGCACGCACAACUCGCCCACCUGCCAUGUCGCCCCGCCCUCGGUCCGCUGCCAGGCCGUCAGUCCGCGCGAGCAGCUGCGGAACGGCGUCCGCUUCUUCGACAUCCGCGUGCAGCCGCAGUACCCCGACGACCCGGCCAAGGACGAGCUGCUCCUCGUCCACAGCGCGUUCCCCAUCUCGCUGACCGGCAACAAGUACUUCCGCGAUCUGAUGCACGAGGUGAACGACUUCCUCGAGCACAACCCCACCGAGACCAUCGUCAUCUCGCUGAAGCGCGAAGGCCCCGGCACCCACACCGACCAGCAGCUGAGCCGCAUCAUCCACGAUCACUACGCCCGCCCGGAUAGCCGGUGGUACACGAACCCCAAGAUCCCCACGCUGGGCGAGGUGCGCGGCAAGGUCGUGCUCAUGCGCCGCUUCGACAUCCUGGAGCAUCUGAAGGAUGUCCACGAAGGCAAGGGCUGGGGCAUCAACGCCACCGGAUGGGCCGACAACUGCGCGCAUGCCAGCUGCCCCAGCGGCCAGGUGUGCAUUCAGGAUUUCUAUGAGGUGAUGGAGACGCAGAACAUUGGACAGAAGAUCCAGUACAUUACCGAGCAUUGUUCCCGGGCCAGCGAGACCUGCUACCCGUUCGGUGUGCUCCCGGGCCCCAAAGCGACCAGUGCCCACCCCUUCUACAUCAAUUUCCUCAGUGCGAGCAACUUCUGGAAGCUGGGCACCUGGCCCGAGAAGAUCGCCGCCAAGGUGAACCCGGCUAUUGUCGACUAUCUCUGCCGCAGACACGGCGACAAGGAUGGGGACUGGUCCACCGGUAUUCUUGUCACCGAUUGGGUUGGUCUGGAGGGGGACUGGGAUCUUGUGCGGUGCAUUGUGGGGAUGAAUGCUCGGCUGAUGUUGAGACAGCAGCAACAUAACCAGGACAACUAG